AUGGUUCUCAAGAUCCGCCACGACGCCCCUGGCUUCACGGCUGAAGCAGUUGUUGACGGCGAGUUCAAGACCGUGUCCCUGUCCGACUACAAGGGCAAGUACGUGGUGCUGUUUUUCUACCCCCUGGACUUCACUUUCGUGUGCCCGACCGAGAUCAUUGCGUUCAGUGAGAAAGCUGCCGAGUUCCGUAAACUCGGGUGUGAGGUCCUUGGCUGCAGUGUCGACUCCAAGUUCUCGCACUUAGCAUGGAUCAACACGCCUCGUAAACAAGGCGGGCUCGGUGAGCUCUGCAUCCCCCUCAUUGCGGACUUUAACAAGGAGAUCGCAACGGCUUAUGACGUGCUGAUCGAUGCGGGGGACGACAUUGGCGCGACCUUCCGUGGCCUCUUUAUCAUUGAUGGAGAGGGCAAACUCCGUCAAAGUACGGUCAACGACUGCCCCGUUGGGCGCAAUGUGGACGAGAUCCUGCGGCUCGUCGAAGCUUUUCAGUACACGGACGAGCACGGGGAAGUGUGCCCUGCCAAUUGGAAGAAGGGCAGCAAGACGAUCAAGCCAUCGGUCGCCGAGUCGAAGGAAUACUUUGAAGCUGCUCAUUAA